AAAAAGUAUAAAAAGAACUCACUGUUACGAAAUAGGUUUUCUUUUUUCUUUAUUCAAAUUACUUGAAAAAACUAUUUUAUAACAAUGUUCUCCAAAUAUCCCGCCGGUACCCUUAGCGUCACUAUCAUCGAAGCUCGUAAGCUCCACGGUGAAGAUUUCAUGGGAAAGAAUGAUCCUUAUGUUGAAAUCUAUAUUGAUGAAGAUUACAAGCAACGCACUACUGUUAUUGAGAACAGCAACAACCCUGUUUGGAACGAGACCUUCACUUUCAACUUGGGUGAAAGCCGUAAGCACAAGCUUACCCUCAAUGUCCUCGACAAGGAUAAGAUUGGUUCCGAUGAUAUCGGAGACUGCAAGUUCGAUUAUGAGGAGGCCUUCAAUGGUGCCCCUAUUGAUGCCUGGGUCAAGUUACCUACCAAGAUGGGUUUGUCUAACCACGGUGAAGUCCACAUCUACGUCCAAUUCACUCCUGCUUAAAUACCAGUGCUUUAAAUAGUGUCACAUAAUUUGUAUAAAAAAAUACCAUGUAUCCCCCCUCCAAAUAAACACUUUUUUUUUCUUUCUAUUGAAAACGUUCUUUUUAUUCCACACUUGUUUAAAUACAACUUUCUGCAGCCUUGACGGACACUGCAUAGAGGUACAUAGGCACAUAGGCACAUAUCAACAGAACAAUGGAUACGGCCUAUAUUUAGUCAUGGGGUAGAAGCAUAAUCAUGAUGACUUCAGGUCAAUAACAUCCCAAAAGUACUUUCUAGAAGAAGUGAUGUAAUUCAUAUACAGAAUGCCUGGGUCAUAUUCUGCUUUUUUGUACGACCUGAGUCGAGUCUUUUCUGCAAUAAAAUAACGCUAAAAUUCCGUUAGAUAAUUAUUCAAUAUGUUGAACA